AUGGUCGCCUCUUCUCUAAAAUCUGCCAAGGAACUUAUAAAAGAAUGUGUACAUGGCAGAGAUGCAGUUCGAGCUAACAAUGGGAUCCUCACUAGAAGUGGCAAAAUUGAGCAUUUGCAAAGGGAUGAAGGAGAGGCCAUUCAUGCAUAUGACGAUGAAGUUCAAACUCCUCAGGUGGCUCACACAUUCCGAAGAGGUUAUCUACCAUUACGCAAUGAAGGUGCAAGAGGAACUCUAUAUCGCGCUAGAGAUGACUUAAUAGCUUUGCAUGGAACCCAAGAAAUAUGCCUCAAAAUGAUAAAAUUCUAA